UUACGUCGCUUAUUUUAUACGAUUUUUGUUGGUGAAAGAACUCGGGCAGAUAUUUUAUAAUCUUUUAUAAAAAAAAAACGAGGACAUUAUUUCUGUAAAGUUUUAUUUCGUUUAAAUUAAAUAUACCAAAAUGUCUAGUGCGCCCGCUGAUGGAGAUGCCGUUCAAUUACCUGCCGGUUGGGAAAAACGUUUAAGCCGUUCAACGGGACAUCAUUACUAUUUAAAUAUUUACACAAAAGAAUCACAAUGGGAUGUUCCUGAUAAACCAGCAGAGCCUGUUGCAUCGUGUGGCCCCGAACAAGUUCAAUGUUCACAUUUACUUGUUAAACAUAAAAAUUCCCGGCGACCAUCUUCAUGGCGCGAAGAAAAUAUUACUCGUUCUAAAGAGGAAGCUUUAGAACUUUUAAAAUCUUACAGAGAACAAAUAGUUCAAGGUCGAGCAUCAUUUGCCGAACUAGCCCAAAAUUAUUCAGACUGUUCAUCGGCUCGACGUGGAGGUGAUUUGGGACCAUUUGGUCGGGGCACAAUGCAACGACCAUUCGAAGAGGCAGCAUUUGCAUUAAAAGUUGGUGAAUUAAGUGAACCAGUCGACACAGAUUCUGGAGUACACAUUAUUAUGCGAACAGCUUAAAGAAGAAAAAAAAACAACAACAAAAA